CACUGUCGAAUAGUCAUCAAGCGAGCCUCGCUGAUGCAAAGUGUGUAACGGGAAAGUAUUUUUAUCCUUUAGUACUUGCUUUCCAAAUUAUUGGAGAUUCUCGGACAAAAGUGCUAUAUAGGGCGAAAAAAUGAAAGACGGAAAAUGGAACGAUCGGGUGACAUUGAAUGUGGGUGGUGUUCGACACGAGACGUAUAAAGCGACGCUGAAGAAAAUCCCAGCGACCAGAUUGUCACGGUUAACGGAGGCAUUAUCGAAUUACGAUCCGGUUUUGAAUGAAUACUUUUACGACAGGCAUCCCGAUGUUUUCGCGCAAGUGCUCAAUUAUUAUCGUACUGGAAAACUGCACUAUCCCGCGGACGUGUGCGGCCCGCUCUUCGAAAAGGAACUGGAAUUUUGGGGUCUCGAUUCGAAUCAGGUAGAGCCGUGUUGUUGGAGCACGUACAGCAUUCAUCGAGACACGCAAGCCACCUUGGCAAUCCUCGAUAAGCUCGACGUCGAGGGUGAAAAGCUCAGCGAUGAAGAAAUCGCUCGGGUUUUCGGUGUCGAGGACGAGUAUCGUAAAGGGACCUUAACGAGAUGGCAAAGAUUACGGUCCCGCAUUUGGGUUCUUUUCGAUGAGCCUUACCCUUCGGCCAAAUACAUAGCCUGCAUAUCGGUGUUCUUUAUUUGUCUAUCCGUGCUCUGUUUCUGCGUGAAGAGUCACGCGCCAGUAGAAUCACCGAGGAAUAAACACGACUUCGAAGAAUCGAGGGGAGACUGUUCGAACGCUAUGGAACUCAUCGCCGAUCCUCACCGCGCGUUUUUCUACCUGGAACACGCUUGCAAUGCUUGGUUCACUCUGGAAAUAGCCCUCCGCUGUCUCGCAAGUCCCAGCCUGAGGCGCUUCGCCAUGUCGCCAGUCAAUGCGAUCGAUCUAGCGGCGACGAUGAGCUUCUACACGGAGUUUCUGGCAAAACCAAACCUUUAUCUGGAGCUUCUGUCAAUAGCGCGUGUUCUACGACUAUUCAAGUUGACGCGGCACUCACCCGGACUUAGAAUCCUUAUCCACACCUUUAAGGCGUCCGCCAAAGAGUUGGCCUUACUGGUCUUCUUCCUCGUACUAGGGAUCGUGCUUUUCGCCAGUCUCAUAUUCUAUGUUGAACGUCUGCAGGAAAAUCCCGACAACGAUUUUGACAGUAUACCACGAGGUUUAUGGUGGGCCCUGGUCACCAUGACCACUGUAGGGUACGGCGACAUGACACCGAAAACUUUUCCCGGCAUGUUCAUCGGCGGACUGUGCGCCCUCGCCGGCGUCCUGACCAUCGCUCUUCCAGUUCCGGUCAUCGUCAGCAACUUUUCCAUGUUCUACUCGCACACGCAGGCGCGCAGCAAGCUACCGAAGCGAAGAAGAAAAGUUUUACCGGCUUCUCUAAGACGAACGAGGUCGCCGUAUCAGAAUUAUGUUGACAGAGAGGAUCGCCAACUUCUACCGAGUUCCGCGUCUAAAUCAAUAAUGGACUUGACACCCCGUUCAACCGCCGCUGGAUUAGAAAGUGUAUUACAAUUACAGCCGAGCGUAGAUACUUCAGAGUCGGGCAGAAGCUUCAAUCACAAUGGAAACAAUACAAUCAAUCGGUUUGAUAGCAAAAUGCACCGUCAGGGAUUCGAGAACGAAAUGCCACUUGUACCCACUUGUAUAGCUAUUUCUGAUACUUUUAUCAUGAUAUCAGAAAACAUUUGAAAUAUCGAAGGAGAAAACAACGAUUACGAAUACGAUUCGUGCCAUAGCGAUGAAUCGUUUGUUAUAUACGUUGGAUGUGAAAUCAAAAAGACAUCUAGUAGUCAAGACUUGUAGUCAAAUAAUAAUAUAAUAAAACAAAUACCGUUUACUUGGAUAUUGAAAAGAAAGUCGGCUCGCGAAAGUCGCGCCAAUUAUCGACAUCGACAUCCGUUGGUGUCCACACAGUUUGUCAAACGAUUAACUUAAUUUUCUUAAUGGAGAGGAAGGGGGCGGAAAAUAAGUUCGUGAGCUUCGACGCCAAGAAGUUUCAGAAAGUUUCAAGGCGGACAAAGGGGGACGACGUCUCGAGAUGGUAUCCGCGGAUGAUCGGGUAUUAUCUUCGGGUUAUCGAACGUUAAUCCUCUUCACUCGCGGCUAAUGGGUGAGUGUCAGGGUUGUUCCCACGGCGUA